AUGAAAUUCUUCAUCCAAAUCUUUCUCUUAGCUGGAAUUUGUGUCGCCCGUCAAUCCAUCCCCGACAAUGAGAAAACUUACCAAGACGCGAUUUGUCAAAGAUUUGAGAAGCUGGCUAAAGAGGAAAAUGUUGAAUUUAUGAAGAUUUACGAUGAGGCAAAAGAGCUCUAUUGUCAAGAAGAGGAUCGGGAUGAUGUCGAUGAUCUCCUCACUUGCUACGAAAACAAAGUUGCUAGCAUUAUUCGUCAUUGCGAGAAGGCGGAAUCAGAUUCAACAGAUUCGGACUCAGACUCGGAUUCGGACUCGGAUUCGGAGAAAGAUUGCAAUCUAAAAGCCAAGGAAGUCCAAUGCGCUGUGGAGAAUGGAGCGUGGACCUGUGAUGGUGGGGCGAAAGGAGUGCAUCGAUUGGCUAUCGUCAAGGAAAUUGAUAUCAUCACCAGAGGACCGGAUGAUUGCAAAGAAGAAAUCGUGGCUAAGAUGGAGUUGCUUCGCGGGCAUUGGGAUCAC